UAUAAAUGAGGAAAAACAAUCAGAAUAUCCACACCAUGAUUUUUCUUUUCAUUAUAAAUUUUAUUUGAUAAACACUUUCCUUUUUUUUCGUUGAAACUUUAGAUUUAGACUUUAGACUUUGUAGACUUUGUAGAAUAGAAACUUUGUUAUAAAUACAAUCCAUCCCAUAAUCGGAGUUGAUUUACAUCAUUUCAUACCUCUACAAUUAUCAUUAUAAAUAGAACAAGAAAAAUAUCCCAAGACCAUUAAUUUCGUGGAUCGAAAUUCCUAAUAUCAUAAAUUUCAUCAUAAAUUUUUUUUAAAAGACUACCAUUUUUUAGAUAUGGGUUGUAAAAUCAGCAAAAGUAAAUAUGCAGAUUAUGAAAUUGCUCCAACCGAUUAUAAUGAAAAAUCGAUUUCCUCAAUAAUAGACGCAUAUGAACUUGCAUUUAAAUUAGAACAACAAUAUUAUUCUUCAGUUAAAGUUUCACAAAAAAAGGAUUACGUUGAUGUAUUUGAUGAAAUAAAAUUUGAAAUAAACAAACAACAAAAAGCGUUGAAAAGCGACAAUUUAUUUUGGAUUAUCUACGAUCAAUUUGAUAACAUAUCAUAUCAUUCAAACAGUAGCAAUUCUUUCAAUUAUUCUGCCAAGUGGAAAAGUGCUGAUUUGAAUAAAUCGAAAGAUUGGAAAGUUUUAUUGAAAGAAUUAAAUAAUUCUUCCCAUAUGACUCAGAAUGAUUUAAAAUUGAUUGUAGCUGAAAUUGAAUGUGACAAGAAAAAUUCAACACAAGUCUAUGGAAUUUCACAAAAUCCAAAAACGCUAAAUUACGUUAUAGUAAUGGAUUAUUUGUCCUCUAAAAAUUAAUGGCAUUUUUGUUUAUUACCUUAAACCAUAGUUUUAUUAUUUUACCUUAAACGGGUAAACAGCAAACAAACAUUCUCAAAUCAUCACAAUCAUUUAUUUUCAAUUUUAUCACAUUAUCAAAUUUGUACAUAACAAUUUUUACAGCAUCAUAAAGAUAUUUUUGCAAACUUGCAUAAUGUCUUCAACAUUCAUUCAUUUCAACAUUCAUUCAUUUCAAACAUUCA